UUUUCCAUGCGUUACGUGUAAACCUCCUUCCUCGACUUUGCCCAACAGUAGGUGAAGUGUGUUGGUCUACAGUGAUCAUCAACGCGGUCUUUCUCUCCCCUUCGCUAUCUCUUGCACAAAAUUGCUCUUUUUCUCUCUCUGGGAUUAGCAAAACCCUAGACCUUUUGUGUGCGCGCGAUCAGCGGCAACAUGGGUUCCGAAGGAUCAUCAAGGGUCGUUGUGCCUAGAAAUUUCAGAUUAUUGGAAGAGCUUGAGAGAGGUGAAAAGGGGAUUGGAGAUGGGACUGUCAGCUAUGGAAUGGAUGAUGCUGAUGAUAUAUUCAUGCAAUCAUGGACUGGAACUAUUAUUGGCCCCCCUGGUACUGUGCAUGAAGGGCGUAUUUACCAGUUGAAAUUGUUCUGUGGCAAGGAUUAUCCUGAAAAUCCACCUUCCGUUAGAUUUCAGACAAGGAUUAACAUGACUUGUGUCAGCCAAGAAACUGGAGUGGUUGAGCCUCAUUUAUUUCCCAUGCUCGCUAAUUGGCAACGGGAGCAUACAAUGGAAGACAUAUUGAUGCAAUUAAAGAAAGAAAUGAUGUCUCCUCAAAACCGGAAGCUAACCCAGCCUCCUGAAGGCAACGACGAUGGCAGAAUUGAUCAGAAGGGGAUGGUGGUGAGAUGCAGCAUUGUGUAAUGAAGUCAAAAUCUACAAAUAAUAAUGUAAAUAAUUAUCAUAUUCAAUAGAUUAACUCCCUGUUAUUGGGAGAAUGGCUUUACAAAUGUAAUUAUGGACCAAUUACGUAUGGAACCUAUAAUGUGGAGCAGUCUGAGAUAGUGGUCAUCUUGUCCAUCAAUUUUCUGGAGAAUUACAAUUCAGAACUCUAAAUCAAAGAUAUUUACAUUGUAAGUUUA